GGGGUGUGUGUGGGAGGUGGGGGUGGGGAGCUGAGCAGGGGGGAGGUAAAGGGUCUGUGGUGGGGUGCGUGUUGGAUGUGGGGAGGCUGUGGUAUGUGAAAGGAUGGGGAGCUUUCUGAGCAGGGGGGAGGUAAAGGGUCUGUGAUGGGGUGUGUGUUGGAUGUGUGUUGUGGGGAAGCUGCGGUGUGAGAGGGAAUGGAGGGGCUUGCUGAGCACUGGGGGAUAAGGGAUGUGUGGGGUGGGGUCCAGGUUGGAUAUGUGGCAGUUGGGAGGCUGUGGUAUGCGAGGGGAUGAAGGGGCUUGCUGAUAGAUAUGUGGUGGGGAGAUAAGGGAUGUUUGUGGUGGGGUGCAUAUUGGAUGUGUGCCAUGAGGGUGGGUAGAUUGUGGUGUGUGAGAGGAUGGGAGGAUGCUCCUUGAGCAGUGGUGGGAUGCAGAUUGGAUGUGUGCCAGGGGAAUUGGGAGGCUGUGGUUUGUGAGGGGAUGAAGGGGGUUGCUUAGCACUGUAUGUGUGUGGGGUGUGGGGGAGGUAAGGGACUGUGUAGCAGAAAUGCAUGUUCCAUGUGUAUCCAGAGGAUGGGUGGUGCCUGCAUUAUCUCCUUCGCUGCCUAGUGCUGAGCAAGUUGGCUUGGUUAAUAUUUGUGAGCUGUGUCCCUGGUGAGUGUAGUGUGCAUAAUAGUUGUCUCUAGAGGCCAGUUGUGUGUGUGCUGCUGUGGCCCCAUCUACUUGUUCUGUACAAUGUUAUAGCGAGAAGCAGGCUAGUGGGCAGGUGACAGGACUUCUCCAGUAGCUCAGCAGUGGACUUUUUCAAAGGGAUGUUGUCUCCAGGGCACAGCAUCGCUCCAUUCUUUUGCCCCCACUAUGGCAAUCUGACUGUGCAUUUCCUGCCUUGCUUUGGGCUGGCGUGCAGAUGUCCUUGGUAGAUUUGGGAAAGAAGCUUUUAGAAGCAGCACGAGCAGGUCAAGAUGAUGAAGUUCGCAUUUUGAUGGCAAAUGGAGCACCUUUUACCACAGACUGGUUGGGAACGUCACCACUUCAUCUAGCAGCACAGUAUGGGCACUAUUCAACAACAGAAGUAUUACUUCGAGCUGGUGUAAGUCGGGAUGCGAGAACCAAAGUGGACAGAACUCCAUUGCAUAUGGCAGCAUCUGAAGGCCAUGCAAACAUAGUAGAAGUCUUACUUAAGCAUGGUGCUGAUGUUAAUGCAAAGGACAUGCUAAAGAUGACUGCUCUUCACUGGGCUACAGAACACAAUCACCAGGAAGUGGUUGAGCUCUUAAUAAAAUAUGGAGCAGAUGUCCACACACAAAGUAAAUUUUGCAAAACUGCAUUAGAUAUUGCAAUAGACAAUGGGAAUGAAGAUGUAGCAGAAAUAUUACAGAUUGCAAUGCAGAACCAAAUCAAUACAAAUCCAGAGAGUCCUGAUACUGUGACAAUACAUGCAGCCACGCCACAGUUUAUCAUUGGACCUGGAGGGGUGGUGAACCUUACAGAUGAGACAGGAGUAUCUGCUGUACAAUUCGGAAAUUCAUCAACAUCAGUAUUAGCUACAUUAGCAGCUUUAGCGGAAGCAUCCGCUCCACUGUCCAACUCUUCGGAAACACCAGUUGUAGCAACAGAAGAAGUAGUGACUGCAGAAUCUGUGGAUGGUGCAAUUCAGCAAGUUGUCAGUUCUGGAGGUCAACAAGUUAUUACUAUAGUUACAGAUGGCAUUCAGCUUAGUAAUCUCCAUUCAAUUCCAACCAGUGGAAUAGGUCAGCCAAUCAUUGUGACUAUGCCAGAUGGACAGCAAGUAUUAACAGUACCAGCAACAGACAUUGCUGAAGAAACCGUGAUCAGUGAAGAACCACCAAUCAAGAGGCAGUGCAUUGAGAUUGUUGAAAAUCGUGUGGAAUCUGCAGAAAUAGAAGAGAGAGAAACUCUGCAGAAACAGCUGGAUGAGGCAAAUCGAGAAGCACAAAAGUAUCGACAGCAGCUUCUAAAGAAAGAGCAAGAAGCAGAGGCGUAUCGGCAGAAAUUAGAGGCAAUGACCCGGCUCCAGACUAAUAAAGAAGCUGUUUAAAUAUUGAAAUGGACAUAUUGCAAAGUCUGUUACUUUCAGUCAAGAAAACUGCAGUACAAUCUUGAACUGUACACUGUAUAGGUACAGAAAUGGGAUUACAUAAUAGCAAAGAUGCUACAGGUUGAUAACUGGACUUAAGCCAUGAGCUCUGAUGAAUUUCUUGUAACAUAAAAGCUGAAUUUAGAAAUUGUGAAAAGUAUUUAAAAUGAAAUACUGUAAAUAGUUGUUUUUUUACAGUUCCAAAGUGAGUUGAUAAAUCUUUUUGAAGGGAUCCAGAAACACAAGAAGCCAAUGUUUUUGUGAAAGUUUCGAUUUUAGUAUAAAUCUAAUUUCUGAAAAACAGAACAGUUUUAAGGGUGAUGUUGCUGAUAAAGAUUGACAGUUUGAAAAUGAUUUAUGUGACAAAAUAAAUUAAUAGUUAUUGAAUAAGACAUGUCCUGAUGGAAAUCUUUGUACAACUUUAAGUAGUUGUCUUAGAUUUUCUGAAAACCCUUGUUUUAGAAAGUAAAAAUUUUAUAUUUAAUUUCCAAUAUAUCCAAGUAGAUUUACAUGUAUAUGAAGCUAAUAUUUUUUAAACUUUUCAGUUUGUACAUAUGCUGCAUGUUUUUAUAAUUUCUACAUACAUCUUGCAUAGAUGUUUUUCAGCAAAGAUGAGGAAAAUUAUGAGGAAAAAAUGUUUAGCCUAAAUGUCAUUUGAAGUAAGCUAGCAGCCAGUUUUAUUGUGAAUGGUAUAUUUCUUGGAAGAAUGUAAUUUGUAAAAAUAAAAAAAACCUUAAUUUACUUAACGGACAUUAUUUGAAAAUGCUGACAGUGGGGGGGCAUUGAAACUUCACUUUUCUGUGUGUCUUAUAACUUUCAUGUGCAAACAUUUUUAAAGUACAGAAGUAUGAAAGACUGUCUCCACAGGAACCCACUUAGCAAUUCCUUUUAAAUAUUCUUAUUAAGCUGUUUCCCCAGUAAUCCUCAGAUUAUCUCAAGGACACAUUUUAUAAACAGACUUUUGCAUUUAAAUUAUGCACGUGGACCUGAAAGUUUAAUGUUGUUUUGGUGCUCUUGUUACCUACCAUCAUUGUGCUUCACUGUGAUAAAUGUGUCUCUGUGCAGUGAUCUGUAUAAAUACUUAGCAUUUAUAUAGUGCUUUUCAUCUUCAAAGUGUUGUAUAAUCAGUAAAAAAUUAAUCAUCACUGUCCCCUAUGGUAUGGACAUUAUUGCCCCCAUUUUACAACUGAUGUAAGCGUGAUAUAGAGAGGUUAAGUGAUUUGCCCAAGGCCACAUUAAGUCAGUGGCAGACCUGGGAAUAGAACUCAAGAGUUCUCGGCUCCUAGUCCCGUCCUUACGUCAGGCUGCCUUAAGACUGUUUGAUGCCGUGUUACAUUCAACUUUGAACUAUUGUGCAGAUUCCUUUUUUGUAAAACGUAACUUGUCUUUUAUUUGUGCUUUGCUUUGUCUUUCCAUGUUUCACUGCUUUUAUGAUAUUGUUUGUAAACUUAAACAAAGUCUAGUUUGCCUAUACUGUAUUCAAAGGCAUUGCCCUUAAAACUGUACUCUGGCCUACUUUUUCUAUUUUACAAUUAAAUACCUUUUCCACAUA